CUUUUGAUUGGUUAUGACACAAUAAAUAUUCCACAUAUAUUUUUAUUGUUCACAGUUCUCAAAGUUUGACAGUAACAUCAUGGAACAUUUCCAGUAUUCCCAUCUCUUGUUCUGCCGAAGUUUCAUUCACUAGCUUUUGAUGCACAUAGUUAGAAUCACAAUUAUUAUAAUCCCAUAACUGAAUAUAAAAUUUUACAAUUUUUACAACUAUUUUUAUUUUUGUCACAACCAGUGUAUGUGUACAUAAACUUGGUUAAAUGUUGUAUUUUUAUUUUAAAAUGCUAGUAAACAUAAUAAGGGAGGUGACAGAAACCAAAGCUACACCUGGAGUACUUGAUGCUUCCUUGGCUGGAGAAUUCAAGAGCACCAGACCACCAUCAAAGAGAGGUCCUUCUGACUCGCCUGUAAAGCGAACAAAGCCAAGACCUUCAAGCAGACGCACAAGGGGUUUAAAACAUAUCAGUACUUAUGUAAAACGAAGAAGGGAAGAAAAAGCACUAUCUUGGGCCAGCAGAAGACGUCUCGAAUUCAGGCCUAACCACACUCUAGGUACUUCUGAUAAAGAUCAGUGUUCAACUGUAGAACGAAAUGGAAAAUCAGUACCACAUUGGAGUAGUGAAACUUCUGACGGUACUGGCGUGAUGUCGGAGAAAUCUGAAGUUGAGAUUGAAGAAGGUAGACCUGAGGACGAAGUCUUGGAAGGAUUGGCACAGAAAAUUCCUAAGGACUGGAAGAAGCUUGGACGUCGGUUGAGCAUGACGGAAGCAGAUCUAGAUGCUAUAAGUAAAGAGGAAGAGGAAUACAGUGAAAAGGCUUAUGCAAUGUUACUGAAAUGGAAACGAGCUGAAGGCGAAAGGGCAACGUUCUCGGUGUUAUAUAAUGCCUUGUGUCACCGUUUGUUUCGUCGAAAAGACCUGGCAGAAGAAUUUUGUUGUGUUUGCCAUAACUAAGAACAUCCCUUCCAAGGAGUGGGCGUUUCUAUGGACUUCUGUGGUUUUUGUAUACCAUUCGUUCCUUUGAAUUAACCGAUUUAUUUAUUUCGAUUUAUUUUUGUUUGGCCAUCUGCGUUUCUUUUUCUUUCUUUUCUAUUUUUUGUACAUGUUUUCAAGUCAACCAUGUUGUCAAGCCUAUUCCUCUGGACGAUCAUCAUUUAACAGCGUCAGCCAACUCUCCUCCUGAUGUGACUUUGGCGAGAAUAGCCACAAGCACUACAACCAAGUGCUCUGCAACACGCGCCAGAUGGAAACUUUGAGCCCGUGAUCAUGACCUGCCAGUUGUUCCUGCGUCUCCUUACCACCUCGCUCUCUAUUUGCGUCAUUUGAUGUCGGAUGACAAGACGGCUUCUCCGAUAGAGUGCGCUGUACAUAUAGCAUUGCUUGGAUUCACCAUUUGGCUGGGAAGCCUUCUCCGUUAGAGUACCCGUUGGUGAAGGAUGUCCACGCUGGUGCACAGCGUCUUUUGGCCCACCUUACUUCCAAGAAAGAGCCUGUGACCGUUUCUCAAUUGGAACAAUUAGUUAAUUCUCAAGUCCUGUCUAUGGCUUCUUUAUAUAAUAUUCGUUCUGUUGUAAUAUGCCUGCUGGCCUUCGCAGCUUAUCUUAGAUUUGAUGAACUCGCGAAACUAGUUCGCUCAAAUGUUGAGCUCGAUAGUGAAAAGUUACAGUUGAUUAUCGAAUCCAGCAAAACCGAUAAAUACAGGGACGGUGCAUGUAUGGGUUAUUGUAGCUGUUUCAGGGAAAGCUUCCUGUUCUGUUAACAUGUUGUAUCGGUAAUUUGCUCGAAGUUUUACGUCCAGUGCUUUCAGCGCACUGCUUUACAUUUGAUGACUUCAAAUCGACAAAACCAAUUUUAGCUGGUUAUUUAAGCAAUAGACCACAAGUUUUUAUGGUUUGUAGGAUGAUAAACCACGCAGGAUGUUGGAAGAACACGACAAGAAUUCGUAAAUCACGAACCGCAGGCGAGUGAUUUACGAAUUCUUCGAUAUAUAAUAAUUCAGAAGGCACGCGAAAUUUCCAUGAGUUUACUGGCACAAUAAACCAUAGCUGAUUGACCAAUCAGAGUGCGCGCGUUCAUUUAAUUAUUGUAUAAAUGUAAAUAGUCUUAACCAAAUUUUUGUACCAUUGCUAAUGAAUUUUGUAUUUAUUUUAAAUUUGAGUUUUUUAAUAGCUAGUGAUGAUGCUUAGCACCUUCCGUUUCUUAGUUUAAUAUUUAUUUUUACACGGAAAUAAAGCUGUUCUUUUAAACGAUCAUUAUUUUAAUGUAUAUUUGUGGUAUUUCAUCCCCAAUUAGGUUCCUGAGCUAAAGUUGUAAGACACCUUUUAAAAUACAGUUUAUUAUUGUUAUUACGAUAGAACAGUAAAAAGUCCAUAUUUCCAUGGCUAAAUAAAGUGAGCAGCCUUUACAGACGCGCGUUCUAUCGUCUUCCAAUGGAAAUCGUAUUGUUGGAGUAUUCCCCUGGAGUAUUGUGUUUAAAGAGAGAGGGCGUAACUAUAGACAAUGCUUUGACGAAGGUCUGUACUGUUCUUUUGUCAGUGCUUUUGGCGAGAAAUUUGUAUUCACGCCCUUCAGAGUAGCUGGGAGAGCCCACCAGCGUUGUACAAACACUCCUAACCCUUGCGUACGGCUGGUGCGCUUGAAAAUUGAAUUGACCAAUCGGGAUUCGGCAGGGACGGGGGGUGGGAGGUAGCCUGCAGAACAGGCGGAUUAGCGGGCUCUAGCGCGAUACACGAACGGGCGCGUGAAGCGAAAUCUUGGCAGGAUAUCUUGGGAGUCAAAGUCGCCUUCAAGCCAUUGCGAACUAUGAACAGUUUGUUCCCGCCAUCGAAAGCCCAGGAAAAGGUUGACCGGCCACAAUCUGACACAGUGUACAAAAUCAGUUGCACCGACUGCAGUUUUGUAUACUACGGUCAAACUGAACGAUCACUGAAAACUCGGAUUACAGAACACAAAAGGGCUGUUUCUAUGUUCGAUCAUGACUCCAAGAUCUCCUGCCAUGUCCACGAAAACAACCACAAAAUAGAUUUUGGAAAUGUCGUAGUUGUUGGACACGAGGCUUACUUUCAUGAGCGACUCUUCUUGGAAGCUUGGAUGUCAAUAAAGGAUGCGCAAUCUGGAAAUGACCACAUCGCCAUCCCAGAAGUGUACAAGUCUUUGGCACGCGCAUAAGUCUCGCGCUACGUUUUCUUGAAACUUCACGCGGAAUUUUCAUCAGCGCGCUUUCGACGUGCUGUUUUUUUUUAACCAAGCGUACUGACGUCAGUUUUUCAACUGAUGAAGGCUCAAGCACCAACCGAAACGUCUUGAACAAAACAUCAAAAAAUAGUCAAUGUCAAACCACUAUCUUACAAUGUUAGCUCCUGACUACCACUACUCUGUUUUUAAA